AUGCAUUCCGUUCUCCACGACUGGCCGGAUGACGUCUGCCACAAAAUCCUGGCCAAUAUCACCGCAGCUAUGAAACCAGGACACAGCAAGUUGCUGAUCAAUAAGAAUGUCAUUCCCGACUCGGGGCCGUAUUGGGAGGCGACGAGCCUAGACUCGAUCAUGAUGAUGGUUGGGUCUUGUGAGCGCAGUGAGCGCCAGUGGCGAGCGCUGCUGGAGUCUGCGGGACUGCGGAUUGUGAAGAUCUGGACGGCGCAGAAGGGCGUUGAGUCUCUGAUCGAGUGCGAACUGGCGUAG